AGAAUUUUAGGAGAGCUGAAAUAGCUGGAAACGAGUUCGCAGGAACAAUCACGGAAAAUCAAAACGAGAAAAAUUCCUCCGCGAAGCGCGCCAUUGACUGUAAAGACCUUUCAACUUUAAAAAAAAAAAAAAAAAAAAAAACCUGAAAUUGACAAACGUUCUCUUGAGUGGAAACUUUGUCACGAAGACCGUAUCGCCACAAAUCGACAUGCGGAGAGCGUGCAUCGUGACGGAAUGACGGCGAAGGACUAAGUAUAAUCGCGAACAGGCAACGAUGGCUCGCCCGAGGCGGCGUUUUUCCGCGUAAAAUGCUGUUUGUGUUGUAGUUGACUAACGUUAGUGCUCCGCGCGCUCCCCCGACAUGGAUGGAUAUGACGAGGAUCCGGCGAGCAAACUGAUGGAAAACCUCUCCAUAUUUGACGUUUAUCAAGACGGGAUGUACGGGGAACCGAACCCCGAAAUAGCCAUAACUAAACGAAUGAAUGGCAGCUCCCCCGGGAACAAAGUCUACUGCGCGGCACCCGUGCGCUCCGUCAACGGAAACAGACCCUCAGUGCCUCUGGAUUUCUGUUCUCAGCAAAGGGACGCGGUUUAUCCCGAUCCCGACGCGUACUGCACCAAAUCUGAAAUUGCCUUGCCGUGUUACAGCGGCGCGUCGGAGCGUCUCCGGAGAUACACGCACGCGGAGGUGCAGGCGCACCGGUACAGCGCUGGAUGCGCCUACGACGCGCUCGUUCUCGGGAAGCAGGUGAGGAGCAACAGCUUAUGCAUGGCCUCGAGCCCACGCUCCAGUCUGGCUUCGUCUCACUCAUCGCAAGACCAGAGCAAACACACCAGCCCGAGGUCGAGCAUCAGCAGCCCGCGGUCCAGCCUGGUGUCACCGGGACAGGAGAAGUACUGCGAGAGGAGCGGCGUGAUCAGCCCUCGGUCGAGUUACGCCAGCACGGCCAGCGACACCAGCAAACACUCCAGCCCCAGAACCAGCCUCAACAGCUACGACUACGGGAGCAAACCGAGCAGCAACCGAACCAGCGGCAUCAGCAUGGGCUACGACCAGCGACACAUCAGCCCCAGAUCGAGCACCACGAGCCCGCGAUCCAGCUACUCGCCCGCGGGGAACCACGAGCCGGAGAGCGGCGCGGUGCACGGCAUCCCCGUGACCAGCCCCCGGUCCAGCAUCUGCUGUCAGGAAGCGCGACCCGCAAACUGCGUGGUCAGUCCCCGCUCGAGCAUCUCCAGCCACAGCUCCAGGAGUUCGCGGAGCUCUAUGAGCGCGUAUCCCGAGCUGCAGCACUCCAUGCUGGGACCCGGUCUGCCGGAGGACGCGAUGCUGCUGCAGGACUUCACGGAGCCAAACGGCCUCCACAACAACCGCGUCCACCUCCAAGCGUUUCCCGAGCCUCAGCAGCAGAAUUCAGACGUCAACAUCGCGUUUAGCUACGGGAAGAUGUGCACCGGUGGACAGCGCUUAAAGCUGCCUUACCAGGUCACUCCAGCCCGGGACAGCGGCCCGAGUCCGGCGGAGCGGCGCCUGGAGGCCCUCACCCUGGAGCUGGAGAAGGAGCUCGAGAUGCACAUGAAAAAGGAAUAUUUUGGUAUCUGUGUGAAGUGUGGUAAAGGUGUGUAUGGAGCGAGUCAAGCGUGUCAGGCGAUGGGGAACCUGUAUCAUACAAACUGCUUCACCUGCUGCUCCUGCGGACGGAGGCUACGAGGAAAGGCUUUCUAUAAUGUCAGUGGAAAGGUUUACUGUGAGGAAGACUUCCUGUACUCCGGGUUCCAGCAGACGGCAGAAAAAUGCUUCGUGUGUGGUCACCUCAUCAUGGAGAUGAUCCUGCAGGCUCUGGGUAAGUCGUAUCAUCCAGGCUGUUUCCGCUGUGUGGUUUGUAAAGAGGGUCUGGACGGUGUUCCUUUCACAGUGGAUGUGGAGAACAACAUCUACUGUGUGAAAGACUACCACACGGUGUUUGCUCCUAAAUGUGCCUCGUGUAACCAGCCGAUCUUUCCAGUGCAGGGUUCAGAGGAGACCAUACGGGUAGUGUCUAUGGAUAAAGAUUACCAUGUGGAAUGCUAUCACUGUGAGGAUUGCGGUCUGCAGUUGAAUGAUGAAGAGGGGCAUCGCUGUUACCCGCUGGAUGGGCACCUGCUGUGCCACCGAUGCCACCUGCACCGCUUAAAAACCCCUGUACCAACUCACCUGGCCCCGAGUUACCCGCUCCACGUCACUGAACUGUGA